AGCUACCCAAGAAAGAGGAAGAAAAAUCUCUCCAACCCUCCUCCAUUGCUGCAACUCGAGCUCAACCAAGAAGGAUCCAAGAAGUGGGAUUAAAGAAGGAAAAAGGCUAGGAAAAGUGUGUAAAAUUAAGGCAUUUGUAAAGGGUAUUUCAAGUGAUUUCACAAAGUUGGAAAAGUCGCCGGAGUUGUCGCCGGAGUUGACCAAAAGUUGCCGGAGUUUCACCGGAGUUCAACCAAGAAGGGUAGAACUUCAUAACGCUAGUUCAAGGUUACGAGAUGAGUCGCAAAAUGUUCAUGGCCCAAGCCAAGAAGCAGGUUGCAAAGGAGUUGGAGGCUGCCCAGCGAGCCGAGGCGUCCAAGGGUUCUGGCGACGGCUCUAAGAGUAUUGCUGAUGCGGCCAAAAAGCCGGUGGUGAAGAGGAAGAAGGCUGCUGAGGGCCAGCGUACUCUUACUGAGACGGGUCUGGUGCCGGCUGAAGGCGCCAAGAAGACGAAGCCGAACCCUCCCCCCAAUGACGCUGCUUUGGCCGACACGCAGGCAUCGGUCCAAGGGGGAGCUGCUUCUGAUGUGCACAUCAUCGAGGAUCUGACGUUGAACGUCGCCUCGUCCGCCCUAGUUCCUGCUAAGUCCGGGGCUGCUGCAAAGAAGAGUGCCCGUGCUGACCGAGACCUGACCUCCGGUCUUUAUGAGGUGACGGUGCGGUAUCCGCCGAAGGGCGGUUUAUUCAACGAGAAGGUUUCCGGGCACGACGUCCUGUUCCAGGCCAUUCCCGAUGCCGAUAGGGAGUACCUACGUCGGCAGAGCAAGGAUGUGCGUCUCUUUGAUGGUGGAUUGGACUACGUCGUCCAGGGUGCCUUCAUGCUCAUGGAGCAGCAGCGGCGGCAGGACGAGGAGCUUGCUCGCCUUCGCGAAGCUGAGAAGAAAGCCGCCUCUGCUGACGAGGCGCUUUCCCAAUUGGAGCGGCUUCGGACUGAGACUGCCUCCUUGAAGGAAAAAGCUGAUGCGGCUGAGAAGAGAGCCGUUGUUGCUGAGGACGAGGCGAAGAGCCUAAAAAAUCAGCUUGAUGAAGAAGCGGCCGCCCGUCGGCUAGCAGAAGAAAAAGCUGUGAAGCUGGAGGCCGAUGCGGCAGCGGCUGCUGAUAGAGCCAUUGAACUUUUCAUGGCUGAAGGUUGGAAGGACGAGACCCGGCGCGACUGGAGCUUUAAUGUCGUGGCGGAGCGCUUCGAAGCGUGGUCUCAGGAGGAAGCUGGCCGAGCUUGCCUCAAACAGGAAUUUGAAGUCUGGUACGACCUCGGCCAGAGGCGUAUGCAGAUGUUGGUCUACCGCCGUCUUCGCCGGCGUGUGAAAAAUCUGAAGCCCAGGGGUAUCGGCCUUCCCCGGCUGAUGAAGGACCCUGAGGAGGAGUUGAAGCUCCCACUGUCCGAGAGGCAACCCCCCAUUCUGAGCUCGAGCGAGGAGGACGGGCCCUGGACCGAGAGUGACGACUACCUCUUCCGGAGCUCGGCCAAGUCGAAGACCACUGAGGACGUCGAGGACGAUGCCGAUAGUGGAGCCGUUGAAGGCGGCCAGGGACAAGCUGCCUGAUGUUUCCUUAGUUUCUUUUUUCAUUUGUAGUAGUAGUCUCAAUGGCCGAAGCGCCCUCUUUUGUAAUGGCCGAUGCGCCCCAAUCUUGAAUCAUUAAUGAUAACACUUUUUUGUUCUAAAUAUGAAUGUUGUUCCUUG